CUAAUCAAUCAAAUGAGACACUAAUCAAUCAAUGUGCUAGAAAAAAAGAAUUCUUUCGAUAUAAAGAUUGGUGUUUGUCAAAAUGCAUUGGUUACUAUUUACUUGAUAUGGAUGUUCAUUCUCGUUGAAGCAUCUUUGCUGCUGUUUAUAUUAGCACCCCUUUUUGUUCAUUCUUGGUCACAAAUUUGAGACAUUUUUCGUUGAUAAGACCGAAUUUAUGAAUUAGGUAUUAGGUUCUUUAAAACAUCUCCCUAAUGAUUGGUAAUUCUUACUGCAAAGCUCUCAGACUAGGGCUGGCACUCAAUAGAGUUUCCAAUUGGAGAUGUACACUCAUUUCUUUAGACCUAGUCACUUUCUUCCUUAUCGAAGUUUCUUCCCAGGUCUUUCCAAAAUAGAGAAACACCUGUCUUUAUAUACGUAUACAGUACAUUGUACUUUGCCUCAGCUUAUAAUGAGUAACAAAACUCUGUUUCAGCAAUUUCUCAUCGUACUGUUGAUUCUUAUGUGACCAGACCUAGUACGAGUGGUUGUAUAUGCAACCAUGAUAAAAUUUUAGUGAAGGAGCAAUCAAAAAAUUCUCAAUAAUGAGGGAGAAGUGACAUGGCGAUUUGGUGCAUGUUGUUCGCGGAUGACAUCAUAUUAGUGGCUGAAACUAUCAAUGGUGUCAAUACUAAAAUUGAGAUGCGGUGGCGGGAGUUUAUGUUAGGGUUGAGCUAAGUCAGAGUAAAUUAAAGUAUAUGAAAUCUUUUUUUAACACGAAUGAUCUAAGUUAAUGUGUUGAUACAUAGGACGGUUUCAAGUGCCUAAAAUCCAUUUUCCUCUAUAGCAGAAUCAUUCAAAAGAUUUCACUCAUAGGAUUAGGUGAGAGCGGAGGUGAGACUGGAAUAUUGUGCGAUCAAAAUAUUCCAAUAAGUUAUGGGGAAUUUUUUGCUGGAGUGCUUUCUAACACUACUACAUGGGUUGGGUCAAAAUGCAAGGUUUUGCAGAACUUAGAUGCAUAUAUGCAUAUGCUAUGGUGGACUAUUGGAUAUACUCUAUAGAAUAAAAUUCGAAAUGAAGAUAUAUGUAAGUAUUUUAGAGUCGUAAUUAUUGAAGACAAGAGUAGAGAAAAGUGUUUUCAGUUUAGCCAUGUGCAAAGAAGACAUAAAGUGCACACGUUACAAGAGCUAGAGUAGUGGAAGGUUAGAGCUUUGCGGGGUUUAGAAUAGAAAUAGGCAGGUCAAAGAUAUGGAGUCAAGAAUGACUUGAAGAAUUGAGUUCUUGAUAUGACAACAUAUACGGAUAAUUCGAGGAGGAGAAUAUGUGUGGAUGAUCAUUGGAUCUGAUUUUCUUAGUUGUUAAAUUGGUGCGAGGAUGAACAAAGUAUAAGCAUUAUUACCGUCGAUCUCUCAUGUUGAAUUGUUUUGGCUCAUGUAGUCUCCUAUAAUUUGAGAUUAAGGUUUUGCCAUUGUUAUUGUUGAUCAAGAAACAUCAAAGGGAAAUAUAAGUAAAAUAACAUCUUUAUUGUCUAAAAUGAACCUCAUGAGAGGUUGUUUUCAAUGGCUCUUCUUUUAAGACCAAAUGAACUCUACUGGCAUGAAAUUUCAAGAAAUUACCAGUUGUUUACUCCUAAAAGACCCGCCAGAUACUCGGUCUUUGGCAAUUAUCAAUGAAGUUACUGUGGAUACCUUAGCAGUAAGACAAAAUGAUGCAAGGAAGUGCAAAUUAGUCUCAAGACCUGUCCGAACCUGGGCUUCAAAUGUUGGUGUUGGAUCAAGCAAUUAUGAUGGAAGAGAGGAGCUUAAUAAUGAAAAUAUAUUUUCAAGUGGCUCGUCCAGUAAUGAUUCCUCCCAAAUUGAGAAGCGUCCUAAUCGAAUUCCUUAUCCUCUCUCUAUAGCCAUGGUAUUACUUGGGUGUUCUAUAGUAUUUUCCCUUAUUAUGUUUGUGAAAGGAGGACCUUCAACAAUCUUGGCGGCAAUUGCAAAGACUGGAUUCACUGCUGCAUUUGCGUUAAUAUUUGUUUCAGAAAUUGGGGACAAGACAUUUUUUAUUGCUGCUCUCCUGGCCAUGCAAUUCGAUAAAGGACUGGUGUUGUUGGGAUCAAUGGGUGCCCUUGGGCUGAUGACGAUCCUCUCUGUCAUUAUUGGACGGAUAUUUCAGUCAGUACCUGCUCAAUUUCAGACAACCCUCCCUAUUGGAGAAUAUGCAGCAGUAACUCUAUUGCUAUUCUUUGGCUUGAAGGCAAUAAAGGAUGCAUGGGACCUACCAUCAGAUGAUAAGGACGAAAGUACGGAUGGCUCCGAACUCGGUGAAUUUACUGAGGCGGAGGAGCUUGUGAAGGAGAAGGUUUCGAAACGGUUGUCAAGUCCUCUUGAAAUUCUGUGGAAGUCAUUCAGCCUUGUGUUCUUUGCAGAAUGGGGUGAUCGCUCGAUGCUUGCCACCAUUGCCCUUGGUGCUGCACAGUCACCAUGGGGCGUGGCAAGUGGAGCCAUUAUGGGACACCUAGUUGCCACAUCCAUUGCAGUUCUUGGAGGAGCAUUUCUUGCCAAGUACAUUUCUGAAAAGCUGGUUGGCUACUUGGGAGGGGUUUUGUUUCUUCUUUUUGCCGUAGCUACAUUCUUCGGAUUCUUUUAGUUCUGUUUGAUAAAAGAGAUUGGAGGCAGUAGGAGCUUUCAACUGAAAAAUUCUCGAUAAUAUUCACUCCUCAUUGGAGAAGUUUCAAAAUAUCUCGUCUAGAUCAGGAAUUCCUUUCUCCCAACACAGUAGUUGGAUUUUACGAGCACACAGAUUGAAAAUGUUCGCGCAAGUUAUAAGUGCCAUUUUGGAUAGGAAGUAUUGCAGUAUUUAAUAACCAAGUAACUGUAAACUUCGUAUAGCAUGCACCUAUGGCUCACGAAACAGGGAAUUGUAUACCGCCCUCUCUAUAGGUACCGAUGUAUUACAUGCAAACAGAUAAGACAUAUACUACAAUGUAUUCGAGUG